UUUUCCUUUUUUUGAGACAGAGUCUUGCUCAGUCGCCCCGGGUAGAGUGCAGGGCGUCAUCGUGGCUCACUGCGGGACUCAAGCGACCCUCCCGCCUCGGCCUCCCGGAGCGCUGGGAUUACCCGCCUGGCCGCCGCGCCCCGCCCGCCUGCCGAUUCUGAUCCACUUUGUAGUUUGACCCUCGGCGCCGCGCCGGGGACAGGAGCGCUCCGUAACGCCAUGGGAUUGGCCCCGGCACGGCGCGCCCCGAGACCCAGUCGCGAGCUGGAAGCCAGGUCACUGGUCUGGGUCAAGACCGUGGUCAUCAUAGGAGUCCUGCUGUCGGUCCUAGCUGACUCUGCCGCCACCAACCAGGACAGGGCUCCCCAGCAGAUGACUGCACUCCAGCGAUGGAGGCACAGCCCAGAGGAGGAUUUGUGUCCACCAGGAACCCAUAGAUCAGAAGGUAGUAGAGAUUGCCGCCCCUGCAGCUGUGGAGUAGACUACACCACUCAUUGGAAUGCCCUCUCUUCCUGCUUACCCUGUACAGUUUGUAAUUCAGAUGAAGAGCCAAGAAGUAACUGCACCACGACCAGAAACAGAGAGUGUCAGUGCAAACCAGGCACGUUCCGAGUAGAAGAUUCCCCUGAGUUCUGCCAGAAGUGCCGUUCUAGGUGCCCUGAUGGGAUGGUCGAGGACAGGCCUUGUACCCCCUGGAGUGACCUUGUGUGCGUCCACAAAAGAUCAGGCAGUGGGCUCCUCGGGAUGCAGAUUGUAUUCGGGGUUGUGGGUGUCUUGCUGCUGGUGGUCGUGGUGGUGACUCUUCUUUGCUGGAAACGCAACUGCUCAGGUUGUGACCAGGACCCCAAAUUCGUGGGCAGAGUCUUUUCCUGGUGCUGGAGUUCCCCACGAGGGCCUCGGGCUGAGGACGAUGCCACAAACGAGAUCCUGAACAACAGAGACUCUCGGUCCACCCCAGUCUCUGAGCAGGAAAUGGAAAGCCAGGAGCCAGCAGAUCUCAGAGGUGUCACCAUACUGUCCCCAAGGGAGGCAGAGCAUCUGCUCUGAGGCUGUUCUUCGACUACUUUCCAGCCGUCGUG